AUGGCCGCCCGCCAACCCAGGUUCAACCAACAUGUCCUCAUCGACACCACGCCCCUGCCCGAUUCCGUACCCAAGGUUCCUGAAAUCGGCGCCUCUUCCGCUCCUUUACUCAGCGCAUCCUUCUUCAUUGGAGCAAGGUGCGGUGCAUACAAUGAUGACUACAUGAAGUGCAAGACCGAGGCGCAUGGGAAGGGGGAGGUGGAGUGUAUGAAGGAAGGGAGGAAGGUCACGAGAUGUGCAGCUAGUGUGCUGGAUGAUAUCAAUAAGAACUGCCUUGAGGAGUUCCGGAAACACUGGGAGUGUUUGGACAAUAACAACCAACAGCUGUGGCAUUGUAGAAGACCGGAACAGCUGCUCAAUGCGUGUGUAUUCGACAAGCUGAAACUCGAGAAGAUGAUACCCGGAGCGCCAGAAAAUGAGACUCCUGUACACUUGCGGGAUAGGCAAAUAUUCUCACAUAACAUGUCGAGCUAUCGUAAACCAGAGUAG